UUAGCAAAUAAAUACUGGGCUCCACAUGUGAAGAAAAAAUUGUCCUUUGAUUUGAAGGUUAUUGAAGAUGUAUAUAUAAAAGAAAUUGUCAGAUCAAAGUUUGCUAUUAGAAAGAUAAUGCUUCUUGAAUUCAGCCAGUACCUUGAAAAUUACCUAUGGAUGAAUUAUUCUCCAGAGGUGUCCAGUAAGGCAUAUUUAAUGUCAAUCUGCUGUAUGGUGAACGAGAAGUUCAGAGAGAACGUCCCUGCGUGGGAGACGUUCAAAAAAAAGCCAGAACACUUUCCCUUCUUUUUCAAAUGCAUACUGGAAGCGUCGCUGGUUGAGAAUGACAGUGAAUACUCUCUGCAUGAACAGACAGUCCUGUUGCUUUUCCUUGAUCACUGCUUCAAUAGCUUGGAAGUGGAUUUGAUCAGAGGCCAGGUGCAGCAACUCAUUUCCUUACCCAUGUGGAUGGCUCUACAACCUAAACGACUGGAACAAGAGCUAAAGAAAACACCAAAACUAAGAAAAUUCUGGAAUCUAAUUAAGAAGAAUGAUGAGAAAAUGGAUGAGGAGGCGAGAAUGCGAGCAUAUCAGGAGAGAAGAUUUCUUUCACAGCUUAUUCAGAAAUUCAUUUCUGUGCUAAAAUCAAUACCUAUCUCAGGUCCUAUUUCUAUGGACAAAGUUCAUUAUUGUGAGAGAUUCAUUGAACUCAUGCUAGAUCUUGAGGCUUUGCUUCCCACUCGCCGCUGGUUUAAUACAGUGUUGGAUGACUCCCAUCUUGUUGUUCACUGUUACCUGUCCAGUCUUGCUAAAAGAGAGAAGGAGGGUCAUCUCUUCUGCCAGCUUUUAGAUAUGCUUAAAUUCUACACUGGCUUUGAAAUUAAUGAUCAAACUGGAAAUGCUUUGACAGAGAAUGAGAUGACAACGAUUCAUUACGACAGAAUUACUUCUCUACAGAGAGCAGCAUUUGCACAUUUCCCGGAGUUAUAUGACUUUGCACUCUCAAAUGUAGCUGCAGUAGAUACUCGGGAUUCACUGGUGAAGUUGUUUGAACCCCUUAGUGCCAGCGUUCUCCACCGGGUUGCCUCCUACCUGUGCCUGCUGCCGGCCCUGCCCGAUGGGGAUGACUCCCCCUGCCCCAAGGAGUUCCUGCUCGAGCUGCUGGUUUCCCGUCAUGAGCGACGAAUAUCUCAAAUUCAGCAACUCAACCAGAUGCCUCUCUAUCCCACAGAGAAGAUUAUUUGGGAUGAAAAUAUAGUACCAACUGAAUAUUAUUCUGGAGAAGGCUGUCUUGCACUUCCCAAAUUGAAUCUACAGUUUCUGACUCUUCACGACUACCUGCUGAGGAACUUCAAUCUUUUCCGCUUAGAGUCUACCUACGAAAUCAGACAGGACAUUGAAGAUAGUGUCAGUAGGAUGAAACCAUGGUUAUCAGAAUAUGGAGGUGUGGUCUUUGGUGGAUGGGCUAGGAUGGCACAACCCAUUGUCUCAUUCACAGUGGUGGAGGUGGCAAAGCCCAAUAUUGGUGAAAAUUGGCCUAUGCGAGUACGAGCAGAUGUUACAAUUAAUUUGAAUGUCCGAGAUAACAUCAAAGAUGAAUGGGAAGGUCUGCGCAAGCACGAUGUCUGCUUUUUGAUUACGGUACGUCCCACACAACCUUAUGGCACCAAGUUUGACCGACGACGACCUUUCGUUGAGCAAACUGGCCUGGUCUAUGUCAGAGGCUGUGAGAUCCAGGGCAUGUUGGAUGAGAAAGGACGUGUUAUUGAAGAAGGACCUGAACCCAAACCAAGACUUAAAGGGGAUUGCAGAACAUACAGAGUUUUUCUGGACCCAAACCAGUAUCAACAAGACAUGACCAAUACAAUCCAAAAUGGAGCAGAAGAUGUUUAUGAGACUUUCAAUAUAAUAAUGAGAAGAAAACCAAAAGAAAACAAUUUCAAGGCUGUUCUGGAGACUAUUAGGAAUUUGAUGAACACAGAUUGUGUGGUUCCUGACUGGCUGCAUGACAUCAUUCUUGGAUAUGGAGACCCAAGUAGUGCACACUACUCGAAAAUGCCAAAUCAGAUCGCAACUCUGGAUUUUAAUGACACUUUCCUGUCCAUUGAUCACUUAAAAGCUAGCUUUCCUGGAUAUAAUAUUAAAGUGACUGUUGACAAUCCAGUUCUGCAAAUACCCCCCUUCAGGAUAACUUUCCCAAUAAGGGGAGGUAAAGGAAAGAAGAGAAAAGAGGAGGGUGGUAAUGAAGAAAAACCUGAAGAAGCUAAAACACUGCUUGUAGAGCCGCAUGUAAUUCCAAACCGGGGACCAUAUCCAUAUAACCAGCCAAAACGCAAUACUAUUCAAUUUACCCAUACUCAGAUUGAAGCUAUACGUGCGGGAAUGCAGCCUGGGCUGACUAUGGUUGUGGGUCCUCCUGGUACUGGAAAAACUGAUGUAGCAGUUCAGAUAAUAUCCAAUAUUUAUCAUAAUUUCCCAGAACAACGAACUCUUAUAGUUACCCACUCUAAUCAGGCCUUGAACCAGCUGUUUGAAAAAAUCAUGGCGCUGGACAUUGAUGAGCGUCACCUCCUGCGUCUGGGUCAUGGAGAAGAGGAAUUGGAGACAGAGAAAGAUUUCAGCAGGUAUGGAAGAGUUAAUUACGUGCUGGCUCGAAGACUUGAACUUCUGCGAGAAGUUGGGCGAUUGCAAGAGAGUCUUGGAGUGCCAGGAGAUGUUUCUUAUACUUGUGAAACAGCUGGACACUUUUUCUUAUACCAAGUAAUGUCUCGUUGGGAGGAGUAUAUCAGCAAAGUGAAAGUUAAAGGUGGAAAAUUGCCGGAUGUUGCAGAUGUCUCCAGUUUCUUUCCUUUUCAUCAGUAUUUUGCAAAUGCUCCUCAACCAAUUUUUAAAGGCAAAUCCUAUGAAGAAGAUAUGGAAAUUGCAGAAGGAUGUUUUAGACAUGUUAAGAAAAUAUUCACGCAACUUGAGGAAUUCAGAGCAUUUGAACUUCUUCGCAGUGGCCUGGAUAGAUCCAAAUACCUGUUGGUGAAAGAAGCGAAAAUCAUUGCCAUGACUUGUACUCAUGCUGCUCUGAAACGACAUGACUUGGUUGAAUUAGGUUUCAAAUAUGACAACAUCUUAAUGGAAGAGUCUGCUCAGAUUCUGGAGAUAGAAACCUUUAUACCUCUCCUGUUGCAG